AUGUCUAGAAAACUUUUAACACGUGAUGACAUUGCUGACGACCUCGAAAAAUCGAGUGUAGACGAAGUUACAGGAUUUUCAGAUGAUUCAUUUGUUGAUAAUGACUUUGAACCAGAUUCUGAAAGUUCGAAUUUAGAAUCUGAUAACGAAGAUUUCGACGAUAGUAAUGAAGAAACAGCAAUGGACGUGGAUGAAGAUCCUGACGAAGAAGUUCCUCUUGCAAACUUGAUAAAUUGUCGAACAAGGGGGCCUGUUGGUGGAGAUCGAUUGACGUUUGUUGAAUCCCCGAUGUGUACAGGCGUGAAUCCUGAUGUUGCUGCCACUUUAACUGGAAAAUCUCCUUCAGAUUUUUUUAACUAUUUUAUAUCUGAAGACAUGAUAAAUCUGUUUGUUACAGAAACUAACAGGUUUUCUGCGCAACACAUUAUUGCAGUCGAAAACUCCUCCAAUAAAUCGCAGACAAAAAGGCUAGCAAAAUGGGUAGAUACCGAUCCUUCAGAAAUGCGUACAUUUCUUGGAAUUAUUAUUUGGAUGGGUCUACUUCAAGUACCACAACAAAGGGAUUAUUGGUCCAGGAACAUACUGUAUAAAAAUGAAAUUCCUACAUUUAUGAGCAGAAAAAGAUUUGAACAAUUAUUGACCAUGUUUCAUACUUCCGAUAACGAAAGCCAAGCAAAUCUGAAUGAUCGUCUUCACAAAAUAUCUGACGUUCUAAAUAUGCUCCAGGCCAAGUUCAAAGAGGCGUACGUUCCAGAAAAUCACGUGUGUAUUGACGAAAGUAACGUUCCAUUCCGUGGAAGGAUACAUUUCCGGCAAUACAUACCUAAUAAGCGGCAUAAAUACGGCAUUAAAGUUUUUAAACUUUGUGUAGCAGGAGGUUACACCUGGUCAUUCGAAGUCUAUACAGGCAAAGUGAAACAGGACGAUACAUCAGUUUCAGAAACAGUUGUAACUGAGCUAAUGGAUGGACUCUUAAAUUCAGGAAGAACCCUCUUCACUGACAAUUGGUAUACAAGUGUUUCGUUAGCGGACAAGAUGAUUCAAAAUAACACCCAUCUCGCGGGAACUCUAAGAGCCAAUCGAAAACAGAAUCCUCCAGAAGUAAUAAAAGCAACAUUAAAAAAGGGCGAAAUAAUAUCCCGACAGAACGAAAAUAAAACAGUAGUACUAAAGUGGAAAGACAAACGCGAUGUAUUAAUGCUAACUACAAAGCCUGACGAUUCACUUACAAUUUUUUUGCAUAAAGGAAGAGAAUGCAUUAAACCAGCUGUAGUGUUAGCCUACAACAAAGGCAAAACAUUUAUCGACUUGUUCAAUCAGAUGGCAGCGUACACUCCCUACUGUCGUCGCACAGUAAAAUGGUACAAACGUUUACUGUUCCAUCUAAUAACUGCUACCACAAUUGUAAACGCCUUACAUCUUUUUAAUACAUUGAAUGGAAAAAGGAUGAAUAUAACGCGAUUCAAGGAAUUAAUUGUCUCAGGCCUUUUAAAUUCAGAUGCGGAUAUGAUGUGA